AUGUUUACUCACGCCUCGGGUUCAAACUACUAUUUUCCGCCCUACUCAGAUUUCUCGGACACCCAAGGUCAACUUCCCCCUCCACCUCAGUCACAACCAAUCAGCAUUGAGGUCACUAAUGAUGUUGUCUCGAUGGCAGAUAGUCUUCCAGUUCUCUCAUCGCAACCCCAAAAUCUCGAUGAAGCAAUAGCGGAUGACGUGAAUGAAGGGUCACGUUAUUAUGUCACGAUGUAUAACAACACGGCAUUAGCGACAUCAGAUUCUCAACAUAGAUCAUCUGAUUACUCAAACUAUGUUCAGUAUGAAUCCUCCCCUUUACCAACCUACGUGUGGCCUCAAACAUCGGAAAAUACAACUUGGGAAGGAGUUUCUACAGACUAUGUCUAUGCAGAUGCGAGAUAUCCAGAACAACAGCAAUCGAUUUCUACUCCAAGGGUCUUUGAGGCUGUUGACCUUCAGCCGCAAGCGCAAAGCCAGCAUCAAUACGAUCAUCAUCAUCAUCAUGCCCAACAGCAAGGUCAAAGUACGUUUCCGGAAGGAAUUUCGAUUUCUGGAGCCCCUAUAGAAGCCCGACCUAUUCCGAUUGUGUGUGGAGGUUUUGCACAGCCGAAAAUUGCCGAAUAUCAGUUGGAUGGUAGUAUGAAACCACCGUUCUCAUAUAUCACUCUCAUUGUCUCCGCUAUGAUGUCAAAUAAGGAGAAGAGAGCAACCUUGAGUGAGAUAUAUGCUUGGAUAAUGAACCAUUUCGCCUAUUACAGAAAGAAUACCAAGCGGUAA